AUGUACUUGAUUCCGCUACUAUUAGCUACAGUGUUCCUAGCUAACACAGAAAUACAAGUGAUCAAACAUAAUCAUGAUCUUCUAUUUAGAGUACCAAGACCAAACCAAGUAUUGAAAUAUCAGACAGUGGCUUUUAUCACAAUCAAUGGAAUAAUUUUAUCAUUAGAUAUUGUACCACCUUAUAGCUCACGUCAUGCCGAUAACACUACCUAUAUAAAGGUUCUUUCUGGCAGGAUGAUGUGGACUGAUUCUUCAACAAGCCCACAUCAACCGGUCAAUCACUCACGUGCAUUCCUCUGUGAGCUGAAGGACUACUUUUGGCUGUAUUUAAAACACAUGAUGAUUGUUCACAAUAUUCAACGAAACGACGAUAUUCGAAAAGUUACUAUUGCGAACCCAUUACCAGAAUAUUAUUCUCCAGAAGUUCGUCAACUUGUUUUUCAAUUUGUCAAAAAUAAUCGACAUGAACCGAAAGAAAACUUCAAAGAUUGUGAAUUUUACAACCUGAAAGGCUUUGAAAUAAGUUUUUCUGAUAAUGACGAACAUCUUUGCUACAUGCAACUGUGGGCUGCUGGGCAAAGUGUUAAUGAUGAUGUGCAUAAUCAUACUAGUGAUGAUGCUCUUUGCGAAGUUCAUGCCUGCAGUGCCAAUGGAAAUGGAAGAAGUGGCAUGCACUAUCUUAAUAGUUCCAAACAAUUCUAUGAUCCGCUUACAACACCUAAGUCAACAUUCGAAAAGUUAGAGCUACCAUCUUUUCAUGAACAUGGUCCUCUAUGGAAUAUCAAUGUACAAAAUAGACCAGUUUUACGAAAUGAUAGUACUGUAGUUUAUGCGUGA